UUAUUUAUGGGACGACGUUGAGAACUAGCUCGAACAGUCCGACAUGAUCGUAGUUCUUAUAAAACCUGGCUUUUAUUAAAGAAGGCACAGACUGAGAGGUGGAGGAUGUCUGUUGCAGCUUUACGUUUGAUCCACUGUCGUAGAUUGAGCUCAGCUGGGCCUCCUGGUGUGAACAAAGUUCUCCAGUGGAAAGCUUUAAGGAAAGUAGCUAAAGUAACAGGCGCAGUUGUCUUUGGGGGUUGUCUUUUUAUUACUUAUGAAAUGGUUGCGUUGGACAAGGCUGUGACCAUCGACACAAGUGUAAUCCAGCAGGAGAAAUAUAAAUCUUUCAUCUAUCUCAGAGCCGCUCCUUCUGCUGAAAAUGAAAACCUCGCAGCAGACCUCACACAAAAAGCAAGAAAAGAGCUUCAUAAAGCAGCAAGGUGGUUUUUGGAACUAUCCUCCAGGCUUUUCUUACAAUCACUUGAUGAGCACUUCAGUCAUGUGGAUGCACAACCACAUGAAGUUGCAUUAUGGGUACUGCUGAAGAGGACCCAAUCAGCCAAUCAGGACACACGGCUGCAGGCUGUUCAGGAGCUUGCAGACAAUCACCACUGGCAAGACUACCAGUACCAGACAGCGGCGCAGGUUAUCGACCAGCGGACCGCAAUAGGCCUGGCCCGAACUCCUCAGGUGGACCUGCGAUUCUUUCGACACCCACCUCCACUGCCCGACUUGGAAGAUGGUUUGUCUGCAGAGGAUGGACUACGGCAGCUGCUGGCGUCUCUUCCUCUGUCUGACGUGGAUAAAUGCGUUCAGUACUUCACCUCGCUGGCGCUCAGGGAGAGCACGCAGUCCAUGGCUGCACAAAGGGGUGGUUUGUGGUGUUUCGGUGGCAAUGGGCUGCCGUACGCUCAGAGCCUGACCUCUGUUCCUUCAGAAAAAGUGGAAACCUUCUGUCUGCAGGCUCUGGUGCAGCACUCAAAGGUACAGAGCCACUGUGACCACAUCGUUGCAAAUGGAGGCCUGCAGCUCCUUCAGAGGCUUUACCAGCUCAGGAGGGAAUCCCUGAAGAUCCAGAGAAACAUUGUUCGUAUUAUAGGCAAUCUGGCUUUAGAUGAAGGAAUCCACCAGGCCAUAGUUCAGUCUG